AUGCGCCUGUGGAGUUUGCUGUACGCGAUCUCGCUGCUCGUGUCGAGCGUGGCGUCCUGCUCCAUCGCUGCGGAGACGUACCGCCACGCAGAGCUGCGCCAAUCCGCCGUACGGUUCAUCUUCUUCUGCUUUUUCUUCUACUCGUGGCUCUGGUCGCUCUUCCGCGGCGCCUUCUACCUGGACGCUUUCUUGUCCGCGCAGACUGAAGACGCCACCGACUACAACGACGUCUUGGGGAUGCUGGGCGUCGCCCAGACGUCCAACAUGACGUCGGUUUUGCUCUCAUGUACGGCAGUUCUAGGGGACACGGCGCUGCUUGCGUGCUCGCUUUGGAUGCUGCCAAUGACAGCGGAGCUUUCGAGACUCGCACGUAAGAACAUGGACCGAGGACCGAAGGGAGAGCGCGAAGCUGCGAGCUGGUACAGCAAGUGGAUCCACAUAUUCACCGUCAUCUUCUUGGUCUGCGAGGCAGCGUACACCAUCUACAACAGGGGUUUCAACAACCGAUCGUAUCGGAUCCUUAUCAGCGGCAACAUGCUGCAAGGCAUCACAUUGGUCUACGUGGUUUACGUCCUCAUCAGUCUCAAGUGCAGUGGACGCAACUACGAGACCAUGGACGGCUCUAUCGUUCUGUCGCCGCUGUAUAAGCGCAUCAAGGGGAUCAUGAUCGUGUACAUGGCGUUCUCGUUCCAGUAUCAGAUCAUCUCGUUGAUCUUACUCUACAGCCACUUUGAGGUGCGGAUGCCGCCAGUGCUCAUCGGUGUGAGUACGCUGCUGUUCAACAACUCAGGCACAGCACUGUCCAUUGUGAUGGGGUGCAGCCAGGAGUGUUUCUUCCGGUCAUUCCGCAAGUACGUCCCUGAAGAGUACGUGGAAGCGUUCUACAUGUCGGACCCCGCACUUGCAAUGGCGAACGCAGCUGCUGGCUACAGUCCGCCGAUGGAAAACCCUGUGUUCGUCUUCACGGACGUCGAGGCCUCUACGCAGUUGUGGGGCUUUGAGGACGGCGCCAUUAUGCGUCGAGCGAACGAGAUCCACGAGGAUAUUAUCCGAGGGUCAUUGGCACAGUUCCGUGGGUAUGAUAUCACCACGGCCGGAGACGCCUUCCAAUUAGCCUUCUUCACCAUCAAAGAGGCGGUCGAGUAUUGUUUCCAGGUCCAGAUGAAGUUACUCAGUGCUCACUGGCCUAAGAAGCUACACAACCUCGUACCAGCCAUUACGCGCAAGAAGACGAAGACCAAGCGGCUUGUGUUUAGUGGUUUACGUGUUCGGAUGGGGAUCCACGACGCACAAGAGUCGGAAGGUUCCCUAGUGAAGGACAUCCAUCCUGUCACGGGUAAAGUCACGUAUACUGGCUUGUCGGAGGUUAUUGCGAAUGAGAUCGGCGACGUUGGUGCUGGUGGACAGAUCUGCGUGACUCGCCGAGUUGCAGAGUGGUUAUCUGUGAACAGUGCCUCAAUCGGGCAUACCUUUCACGUUGAUCGCAUGGGAGAACACCCGAUCCCGCAGUUGAAUAUGACCGUGGAGGUGUUUGAAAUCACCCCACACGGCCUGGAAGCACGCAAAAAGACAUUCGACAAGCGCCGAGCAGCUCAAUUGGAGUCCAUCAAGGUCGUAAACGAAUAA